AUGUCGAAAUUACGAACAUUAGCAGUGACAGAUUCCUAUCAACAUUUAGAACUUAUUGAUCAAAUUCCAUCAAUUACAAAUUUAACAAUUCCAAAUUAUAUUUCAAAUAGUUAUCAUAUGGAAAUGUCAUUUGUAUUACUCGAAAUCUUAAAGGAAGCAUCAAAUUUAUCAUCAAUCAGAAUUGCACCACAUAUUUUCAAAGCAUUAUUCGAUGAUAAUGGUUUACAAAAGUAUUUAAAUAAAAUGAUUCGAAAAGGCAACAAUUUAUUUGCUAAGUAA